CUUAUCGAAGCCUCCACCAACGUUCCAGUUCUUCCCCCGAUCGAUCGCCUCCCGGGCGCGUGCGCAACUUCAGUCUGUCGACAAUUCCACCAGCUUUCACCUCGUCCCCCUCAUUCGUAAAUAAGUGUCAGUGCGAGAGGCUGUGGUGCCACGAAGUGCAUUAAAACCUUGAGAAACCGGCAAAAAAUUCCCGAAUAUUAAGUGAUCACCAUUCCCCACCCUGAAAUUGUCCCCAUCGACUCCCCUCAAGUUUCAGAUCCCAUAAACCUCUCCAAACCGCUGUGACGAUGACGACGGUUUGUUAAAUUAAAAGUUUUCGCCCCCAACAAUGGAUCAAUACUGCGUUCAAACUUGACCUGAACUUGGUCUACACGUGCGCGAAAGAAAGUCCCCAAAAAUCGAAAAAAAAGUCCCUGAACAGUGCCUCAGCCAUGGACAAGGAAAAUCAGGGGAAGCCCCCAAAGCGGAAAUCGGCAAAGGCUACUAUAAUCUCAGAAAUCGGUACCCAAUGUGUCCAAGUGGUGGUGCGAUGUCGGCCAAUGGACGAAAAGGAAGAAUCGAAGAAUUACUCGAAGGUAGUCGAAGUGUGUCCCUCCCGAGGAGUUGUGGAGAUUAGGAACCCACGGGAAGAUCCGUCCCGAGACAACACAAAGAUAUUCACCUUCGACGCAGUUUACGAUUACCAUUCAUCCCAACAGGACCUCUACGAGGAGACGGUACGUCCUCUGGUUUCAUCAGUUCUAAACGGCUUCAACGGCACAAUUUUCGCUUAUGGCCAGACGGGCACCGGGAAGACGUAUACGAUGGAGGGAAUUAAGGGUGACUCAAAACGUCGGGGGAUAAUUCCUCGAUCGUUCGAGCACAUUUUCAACCACAUCGGACGCUCUGAGAACAUGCAGUACUUGGUAAGGGCAAGCUACUUGGAGAUCUAUCAGGAGGAGAUUCGGGAUCUUCUGCAAUCAGACCAGUCCCUGCGUUUCGAGCUAAAGGAGAAACCCGAGUCCGGUGUCUUCGUGAAGGACCUGUCUUCUGUUAUCUGUAAAAGUGCGCAAGAGAUUCAGCAAUUGAUGAACAAGGGAAACAUGAAUCGGACGAUUGGUGCAACGAAUAUGAACGAGCACAGCUCUCGCUCCCAUGCGAUAUUCCUGAUAACCAUUGAAAUGGGAUCAAUGGAAGACAGCGGAAUUCGUGUAGGUCGACUGAAUCUCGUGGAUUUGGCUGGAAGUGAGAGACAGAGCAAGACUGGAUCCUGUGGGGAUAGACUAAAAGAGGCGAGCAAAAUAAACCUAAGUCUUUCAGCUCUCGGUAAUGUCAUAUCAGCUUUGGUCGAUGGAAAGACUUCCCACGUGCCCUAUCGAGACUCUAAACUCACGAGACUGCUGCAGGACUCCUUGGGGGGAAAUUCCAAGACAAUUAUGGUUGCCAAUAUUGGACCAGCGUCUUACAACUAUGAUGAGACCUUGACGACCCUGAGGUACGCCAACAGAGCGAAAAACAUAAAAAAUAAGCCGAGGAUCAACGAGGAUCCCAAGGACGCUCUUCUUCGACAGUACCAGGAGGAGAUAUCCAGGCUGAAGGAGAAACUUCUGCUGAAGGGGGCGACUCCAAACAAGAAGAAGAGGAAAUCGAAGCGGCGAAAGGACGAUGAGGACGAGUCAGAGUCUGACAUAGAUGACAGCAGGGAGGACAACAAGGUCUCUGAGGCUGAUAAGAAACUCAUAAUGGAGCAGCUGAAGGCUGAGAAACAGGAGAAUGAGGACUUGGUCUUGAGGAUCAAAGAUUUGGAGAGCAAGAUGUUGUGCGGGGGGAAGAAUAUCAUUGAUCAUACAAAUGAGCAGCAGAGGGCCCUGGAGCAGAGGGCCACAGAAAUUGCUGAGCGGAAGAAACGAGAAGUCGAGAUGCAGCAGAAGCUCGAAGACGAAGAGUCGACGACUAUCGGGGUCCGGGAGACCUACACGACUCUUCAGCAGGAGGUGGACGUCAAGUCGAAGAAGUUGAGGAAAUGCUUUGCCAAGUUGCAAGCACUUAAGCAAGAGCUUGAAGACAUUAACGGGGAGUACAAUCGGGAUCGGCGGGAACUCGAGGACACCCAACACGACUUGAUGAAGGAACUGAAGCUCAAAUACUUGAUAAUUGAUAACUUCAUUCCUGCGGAGGAGAAGCACAAGAUCCUGAGUCGAGUAAAGUUUGACGAGGACGAGGAUGCAUGGGUCAUCAAGGAGUCCUCUCCGUCAAUUGUUGAUGUCAUUAAGCGGCCCACGUCUAUUCCAGGGACCAGGAGACCCAUCUCUGAGUUCGCAAAAAUUGCUCUGGCCAUGGGACGUGGCUACAGGUACGCUGGGGAAAAUAUUCUCAGUCUGGAGCUUGAUAUGCCUGCCAGGACAACUCUCGAUUAUCAGGGACCAGUCAUUGCACCGACCAUCCAGGCUGUUCUUGAGGAAGCACUCAGGGACGAGGAAGACAUCGAUGUCGAUGCUGCUAGGCUCAGAACACCCAAACCUAGGAUUUCCAGUGCCAGGCAAAGACCUAGAAGCGUUGGAAAAAUUCCACAAAUGCAGAUCCCUGCGCCUGUCUAUCCCAAAACUCGGGGACUCGUCCCCAAAUAGAGUUUUCUGGUGUAAUUUUUUUUUCAUUCUUUCAUUUUUGUUUUUAAUCAUAUCUUUUUUUUGUAAUCAGUAGGGAAAUAACAAAUGGGUGGUCAGAGGAAAGCCAAGUAGUUAUUGGAACCUCUUUUGAAGAGCGAAAUGUGAGAACUAGAGAAAAAUGUUAUUAUCAACAUCUCGGUUUCUUUUUUAGAUUCGGAGAUAUUCGUCGGAAAGUGACCUUUUAGAUGAAUCGUUUUGUUACUUUUCACUUUUUCGCUAUUGACUUUCUGUGCAAAACGAAAUUUCUGAAUCU